AUGGCGACGCCGCGCGUCGUCGGCGACGCCCUCGACGCGCGCCGCGGCGCGCGCGCGACGUCCGCGCGCGUCGCGCACUACGGACGCGCGUUCGACUGCGCGUUCGCGCCGUGGGGGCGACGCGCGAGCGACUCGUCGAGCGCGUGGGACGAAAUCAUCGUGACGUGCGGCGAGGACGCGACGGCGCGCGUGCACGGCGUCGACGCGCGCGACGCGAGCGCGCGGACGCUGGCGACGUGUCGCGCGCACCGAGAGGAGGUGGUGCGCGUGGCGUUCGCGCGCGCGAGCGGACGGUUCGCCACGGGGUCGGCGGACGGGACGUGCAAGGUGUGGGACUUUGACGCGCGAGAGCGCGUCGUGCGCGAGGCGCAGAGCCUGGACGGACACCCGGGGGAGGUGUACGGGUGUUGCUUUCUGGGCGACGGCGACGGAGGGGUCGUGGCGACGUGUUCGGAGACGGAGGCGCGGGCGUGGGACGUGGAGCGAGGGACGACGACGGCGAAGACGGCGCCGAGGGAUGAUUUAGGGACGUCGGGCGCGCGCACGCCCGAGCGUUGGUCGCCGGGAUACUUGUUUUCCAUGGCUCGAGGCGAUGGGGUGCUGGCGUGCGGGUGCUCGGACGGGAUCGUUCGAGUGUACGGCGACGGUUCGAGCGGGACGUUUGGAGAACGCGUGGCGGAGGUGACGGCGCAUCCCAACGCCAUCGUCGGAUCGACGAGUUUUAUCGAUGGUGGGCGAGUGUUGUGCUCGGUAGGACUCGACGGGACGGUCGUGCUCACAGACGUGCGAACGUGGGGGAUUUUUCGGCGGAUAUCCGCGGGUUCGACGCUGACGAGCGCGUGCGGCGUCGGCUCGGGAAGUUGGUUAGCGAUGGUUGGGGAAUCGGGCGUCGUUCGAGCGAUCGACGCAAUCGGAGACGCGUCGUCAAGCGCACAGUGCGUUUUUGAGCCGAAAGGUGAACCCGUGCCGCUGUUUUGCGUCGCAGCGAACGAAAGCGGGACGAUGUUAGCGUGCUCGGGCGCGGGCGUCCCGUCGAGCGCGCCGACGCUCGGCGCGACUUUCGGCACGAAAACACCCGAUCCAAGUCGCUUGGACGUAUGGAUGGCGUCGAGCGAGGCUUAG